AUGUCUUUCCUCUUCGGUGGCCCCCCCAAGAUGUCCUCGGCAGAGAAGAUCUCUGCCGCAGAGACCGAAGUCGAGAUGGUCUCGGACAUGUUCAACCGCUUGACCGAAUCCUGCACCAAGAAAUGUAUCCCCAACGACUACCGCGAAGGCGACCUGAACAAGGGUGAAUCCGUCUGCCUCGACCGCUGCGUCGGCAAGUUCUUCGACGUCAACAUCAAGGUCAGCGAGAAGAUGCAGGGCGAUGCCGCCGGCAGACAGGGCGGCAUGGGUAUGGGA